UGUCCGAGGAAAGAUGGCGGAAGGAGGAGCGGCUGAUCUGGAUACCCAGAGAGGAGAGGUCGCGGCACUAUUGAAAACUCAGCUAAGGAAGGGAGACACUUGGUACCUGGUGGACAGUCACUGGUUUAAACAGUGGAAGAAAUAUGUGGGAUUUGACAGUUGGGACAAAUACCAGAUGGGGGACCAGAAUGUCUACCCAGGGCCAGUUGACAACUCUGGUCUUCUCAGAGAUGGGGAUGUGCUGGCCAUCAAAGAGCACCUCAUUGAUGAGUUGGACUACAUCCUGGUUCCCACAGAGGGCUGGAAUAAGCUUGUCAGUUGGUACGGACUGACAGAGGGCCAGGAGCCAAUUGCACGUAAGGUGGUGGAACAGGGUAUGUUUGUGAAGCACUGUAAGGUGGAGGUGUACCUGACAGAGUUGAAGCUCUGUGAAGACAGCAACAUGGACAAUGUGAUCACUAGACGCUUCAGUAAAGCUGACACAAUAGACAUGAUAGAGAAAGACAUGAGGAAGCUGUUCAGCAUUCCUGAUGAGAAAGAGACCAGGCUGUGGAACAGGUACAUGAGCAACACCUUUGAGCCUCUCAACAAACCUGAUAGCACAAUUCAGGAUGCUGGCCUCUACCAAGGACAGGUUCUUGUAAUAGAGCAGAAGAAUGAGGACGGCUCUUGGCCUCGAGGCUCCACAGCACCAAAGUCAUCUGGUGCUUCCAAUCUCUCUGCUUUGCCAAAGAUCUCGCCUUCAUCUCUCACAAACAAUCAUAACAGCAGCUUCAACAGCAGGAAUGUGAAGAAUUCAAGCUAUAGUCUGCCGUCCUACCACCCCUACAGUAACAGUUACGACUACUCGGACCAGGGCAGACAGAGUGAGCGCUCAGGCCUCUGUGGACUCUCCAACCUGGGCAACACCUGUUUCAUGAACUCUGCAGUGCAGUGUCUCAGUAAUAUCCCUCCAUUGACGGAGUACUUCCUCAAAGACAAAUACACGGACGAGCUGAACGAGGACAACCCACUGGGAAUGAAAGGAGAGAUUGCCAAGGCCUAUGCUGAGCUUAUCAAGCAGCUGUGGUCGGGCAAAUUCAGCUAUGUCACCCCAAGGCCUUUCAAGACCCAGGUGGGCCGCUUUGCUCCUCAGUUCUCAGGCUACCAGCAGCAGGACUCUCAUGAGCUGUUGGCCUUUCUCCUGGACGGCCUUCACGAGGACUUGAACCGCAUUAGGAAGAAGCCCUACAUCCAGCUAAAGGAUGCUUACGGCAGGCCCGACAAGGUGGUAGCGGAAGAAGCGUGGGAGAGCCACAUCAAGAGAAACGACUCGAUCAUCGUGGACAUCUUCCACGGCCUUUUCAAGUCCACCCUGGUGUGUCCUGUGUGUUCCAAGGUCUCUGUGACCUUCGAUCCUUUCUGCUACUUGACUCUGCCACUUCCUAUGAGGAAGGAGCGGACACUGGAGGUCUAUCUGGUCAGACUCGACCCUCUGGCCAAACCCACUCAGUACAAGCUGACUGUGCCUAAGGUGGGCUACAUAUCUGACCUGUGUACCUCCCUCUCCAGCUUGUCUGGAGUUCCCGCUGAGAAGAUGAUUGUAACUGACAUCUACAACCACCGUUUCCAUCGGAUCUUUGCCACCAAUGAAAACCUCAGCAGCAUCAUGGAGAGAGAUGAUAUCUAUGUAUUUGAGUUGGCAGUGAACAGGGUGGAGGACACGGACCAUGUCGUGAUCCCAGUUCACCUGAGGGAGAAGUACAAACAGUCGGGCUACAACCACACCAGCACGCCGCUGUUCGGACAACCGUUCCUCAUCGCUGUGCCCAGAACCCUCAGUGAAGACAAACUAUAUAACAUGCUGCUUGUGCGCCUCUGCCGGUUUGUGCGAUCUUCAGUUGAGGAAGAUGAGGAGGACUGCGAAGAGACGCAGCCAUCGAAACCACACACUGUCAAUGGUAAUGCCACUAAUGGACUUCUGGAGGAGGGUUCGCCAAGUGAAAUGGAGACUGACGAGCAGGACGACGAGUCCAGUCAGGACCAGGAGCUGCCCUCCGAGAAUGACAACAGCCAAUCGGAGGACUCUGUGGGCGGGGACAAUGAACUGGAGAACGGCGUGGUCGGCCCACAGAACUCCACCAAAUGCCAGCAGACGGCCGAGCACAACAACAAAAAGAGACUUUUUACAUUCCAGUUCAAUAACAUGGGCAAAACGGACUUUUCGCUCAUCAAGGAGGACACCAGGCAGAUCCGCUUUGACGAGGGACAUCUUCGACUCAGUGACCGCUCUUAUCUCUCCUUGGACUGGGAACCAGAGAUCAAGAAAAAGUACUUUGACGAGACCGUUGUCGAGGACUUUGACAAGCACGAAAGCAUGGAGUACAAGCCCCAGAAGAAGGCUUUCUUCAAGCUUAAGGACUGCAUUGAGCUGUUCACCACCAAGGAAAAACUAGGAGCAGAGGACCCAUGGUACUGUCCUAACUGUAAGCAGCACCAACAGGCCACUAAAAAGUUGGACCUGUGGUCUCUGCCACCGGUGCUGGUGGUCCAUCUGAAGCGCUUCUCUUACAGCCGCUAUAUGAGGGAUAAACUGGACUCUCUUGUUGAUUUUCCACUGAGAGAUCUGGACAUGUCUGAGUUCCUGAUCAACCCCAACGCGGGGCCGUGUCGCUACGACCUCAUUGCCGUUUCUAACCACUACGGAGGAAUGGGUGGAGGCCACUAUACUGCUUACGCUAAGAACAAAGACGAUGGAAAGUGGUACAACUUUGAUGACAGCAGCGUGUCUCCUGCCAGCGAAGAUCAAAUAGUGUCCAAAGCUGGUUACGUGUUGUUUUACCAGCGGCAGGACACGGUGAAAGGCACAGGCUACUUUGCUCUUGACCGAGAGGAGGAGGAGGAGGAGAGGAGGAGGAGGGAGAGGAGGAGGAGGAGGAGGAGGAGGAGAGAAAAAAAAAAAGAAUGAGAAUGAGAAUGAGAGAACGAGGAGGAGGAGGAGAAGAGACGGGAGAGAAAGACCACCUCCUCCACUCAGUGUGCCUCGUCAGCUGCUGCUGCUGCUGCUGCUGCUCAGAACAAUGAGGAGGACCUUUACGAGAGCGUGUGCAGGAAAAACGACAACGAGCAGGGAGACGAUGAGGAGGAAGAUGGCGACGAGGAGGAGGAAGAGGAGGAGGAGGAGGAGGAGCCCAAUCGGGAUGUCACCAUGAAAACCAACUGAAGUUGACACGCGGGACAACGGAUAAAUGGAGAGAUGGAUGCUGGAAUCUUUCCAUCCAAAGCCAUAUGGACACUCAGCAUGGCAGCGGGCGGCAUCAGUUCCACUCUGUGGCUCAGACUCGGCCGCUCCACAGGCGGAGCCAAUGUGUUUUAGGUCAGGGAGCUGCUGCGGUACACAGUACACUCUAAGAAAUCAGGGCCCUCCUCUGUGGUUGGAUCACGGUGUUUGUGUGUGUGUGUGUGUGUGUGUGUUUGAGCGUGUGUGUGUGUUUGUGCCGCCAAGUCUGUCCGUUUGGGAAUUGCUCACUAAAUACCACCGGGGAUGGAUUUUGUGGUGACUCCGUACGUUAGUGCAGCACUCUGAACCUCCCACUGCUUUUUGUGUUCCUUUGUUAAAUUUUUUACAUAAAUAUAUUUAUAUAUUUCAGAGCAAUGCAUUGUUGGCAUAUCAUUUUAGUAUCAUUUAGAGAUUUUUGUAAAUAUUUUAGACACUGAAAUCAUUUUGGGGGUUGUCGGGAUGUGCGGAAAUGUUUUUGAAAAUUGCACAAUCACCAAUCAUCCACCUUUUUUUGUUUAUUUCAUGUAUUAUUGCCAGACACACUGCAUUUGUUUAACAAUGAUGCUGUCUCUCAGAGGGUUUUCUCACAUAAAGAAGCUUAGGAAGCUGCCUUUAAUAAGCCAGUGGUGAGAUGCGUGUGCAGUCACACUUAAUGUAAAGAAGUGAUGCCCGUAUUUGUGUGGUUUUAUAGAGUUAAACAGCUUUGUGCUGCUGCUGCUGCUGCUGUGGUCUUAUAGUUUUAGACAGUUGAGUACUUCGUUCACAGGCUCAAACCUUGGUAAUUUAAGGCUGUGCUUCUGUUGUCUUUCGCUCUGGUCUUGUGUGCUAAUAACACAUUUUUUUAUACCCAAAAUAAAGCAGGGUAACUUUUUUUAACCAGCAGACUUUGCAGUGUAAGGAUACAGAUUGUAUUUGUGCAUAUUCAGCUGCAAACGUGAAUCAGGAGAAGUUGUUUCAGAAUGUCCGAGCAUUCAAAUUUCUGUCUCGAUGAUCUCCACAUAGCAGGCAGCAGUUGUCGACACAAAUCUUCCCUUCAGCUCUCCCCCUCUCAUUACACUUUGUAAUUCGUUUUCAAAGCUUUACCUUGGCUCUGCACUCUCUGAGGCACUGUGAGAUUGGGAACAUUGGUGAUUUCGCUGACAUCAGAUACAUUGUCUGUUUGGAUCACCUCGGCCUUAACUCUUAAUCUCGGACCAGUUGCCUUUUGCUUUGCACAUCACGGUUGCGCAGUCUUUCUUGCAUUUCCUCUUCCAAACCGCAAACUCUGUAUAAAAAUGGACGUAGCCUACUGUUUGCAAAGCAAAACUCUCAUUUUGAAGCCUAAAGAUUUGACCGGUGCAAUGAUCGCUUUAUGAAACACGGAUGCCACCUGCAACCAGUAACCUAUUGGGACAGUACCAGCUGUCGAUCACACUGGUGUCCAACUCGUAUGUGCCAUGCUUUAUCGUCCAUGUUGCUCUAUAUAAUCAUGUUCCAGUGAAGACGACCUGCAACUACAAAAGAUCAUUGACAUUAGGCUCAUGUUCCCACAGACUUCCUUUCAAAAGGACUUCUUUUUGCGAACAGCGGAGUCGCCCCCUAGUGGCUAACUUCCCCGGGCUUCACUUUCCAAAGCGGAAAGCUACGUCUAUUUUUAUAUACAGUUUUCUAUUCCAAACACACAAUCACACGAGUAUGAAUGUCUGUAUUUGCUUGUUAUAUCGCAGCCACGUCAUCCUGCAGGGCUUUUUGUUUGUUUUUAUAAAAGCCACAUGAGGGCCAGAAUAUAUGCUAAAUGGAAUGAACACUGACCAGAUGUAUGUGGUUGAUGCCUUUUGAGUCUUUACAGGGCCAUAUCUGUUUUUCAUUUCCCCCCCCCCUUCUGUCUUUCAUGGCUCCCUCUCGGUUUGGAUGAAUGUAACGGUAAAUGGGGUUUCCUCGCCUUUGAUACUCGCUGUAUGCAUUAAUGGGUACUGCUGAAUGUGUCUCUUUACAGAAAGGGACAAAUAAAUGCUUGUCUGAGGUCUUUGAGGAUGUGGAGGAAAAAGGGGGAGACAAACUGAAAACUGAGGGGUGAGUCUGCCCAAAAGGCCUUUCAGCUUUCGGGAUCAUGACACAGUGAAAUUAUUUUGUGGCAGGGUUGUUGCAGGGUAUUCUUCCAUCGAUGUAGCUCACGAUUGAAUGUUGAUGUUUUAUUUUUCUACCCGUUCUUUCCAUUGUAAACAACAUUAGCAUACUUGCUGUUGCCUCAGAAUAUUAGACGUGUACCAUCUCUCUCUCUCUAUUGCCGCGCUUUCACCUCGGUGGGCUCCAUCGCUGUGGCACCGUCUCUCUUUUUGGGCAACUCACCCCAUCCUGACUGUGUGAGAUGUGAUUGCUACUAUAGAGUUAUACAAUACUGUACAUAAUAGUUCACUCUGUGAGUGCACAUUUGAUAAAGUUUAUUUAUUUAUAUGUAAGCAUUUAAUAAUAAACAGACAAUAUAUUUAAGCCUCGGCAAGACCCGAUAUGUCGGGGGAGAAAAACUUGGAUUUCGGUCCACACGUACACACCAAUUCGCAAAGUCUUGCCUGUGCUCUUGUCAGGGAGGGAAUAUUUAAAAAGAAAAAGGAUGGUUCUGAUGUUUUGGGACUUUUUUUGUAGAAAAGAAAUAAUGGAAAAAUAAAUAAAAAAACAACAACAAUAAUCCAGACAUCCUUGCAUGAUGAUGACAUAACGGGGGUUUCCAGAUUUUGCUGCACUUGAGUUCACUUGGGUUUACAUUUGAAAUGUGCAUGUGUAUUUAUACACAAUCUUCAGUAAAGAUGUGUAAAGCUU